AUGUAUGACCAUAAAUAAGUGACAUUUUAUUCUUUUAAUAUAUUUUAAUAUUUGAGUAAAAAAAACAUUAAAAAGAAUCCCUUUAGUCUAUUGUUUUUGAUGUCAAAGAAUGUUUAUUCAAAUUAAAGCGUACUAAUAAAAGUUUUCGGCAUUUCUUAAAACAUAUUCGUAAUUAAUAUACAAAAGGAAAGAAACAAUUGCUCAAUUUAGUUUUAAAUUGUUGUCUCCAAUUAGAGAAUAUCGUCGGUUUUGUGGGAUAGAACACCAACAAUAUUACUUAUUCCACAAUGUUGGUUAAAACAUUAGAUGCUUUAAUUGAAUAUGCCUCAAAAGGGGAUGCAUAUAAGUAUAACAAAAAUCCAGAAAUGUUACGACAAACAGCAAAACUGUUGUACAAAACCAGUCAAAAUGACCCAUUAGAUGCUGAAAGAACAUUCAUAUUAUUAUACCGAUUUCUUAAAGUGUAUGAACAACUAUUAAAAAUAAGUCGUGAUGAAAAGUUCGAAAAGUUAAUUUUAGAAAAGGAAGUAAACACUGCUGAAUUACAGUUGAAUAAGUUGAAAGAUGAAUUAAAAGCUAUGUAUCAUAAACAAGCAAUUGCAGUUCCUAAGGGUGUUAGUCAAGAUAAAAAAGAAGAGAAAAUGCUACCUAUGUAUUUAAACAAAUUGUUUGUGACCUGUGAUGAAAUAUACCGUGCCUUGAAACAGGACAAUUUGAAUUUAUUAGGGAUUGAUAUUCGCAGUACAGAUGAUUUUAAUGCCAGUCAUUUGAUAUGUUUUAAAUGUAUAAACAUAUCAGAAGAUAGUAUCAAUUUAGGCAUGUCAGCCAAUGUAUUGACACAAAAAAUUGCUAAUGAGUAUAUGAGUUUCUGGGAAGAGAGGGAUAAGUUUGAUUGCGUUAUAAUAAUUGAUGCAACAAUAACUGCAGAUACUUAUGAAGCUUCAAAAGCUCAUCAAUUACGUGUUAUAAUGACUGAGUGGGAUCCUGCAAGAAGAUAUAAAAUUGGUCCUGUGAUAUUAGAGGGUGGUUAUAGAGAAUUUGCAGAUAGAUACCCAACCUAUUGUAAAGAUGUUCACCUUUUGUUGAACCAAUACAAUGAUGAUCUUGAGGAUAUACUUGAUUUAGAAAGUGUAGAUUAUCCUACUGAAAACGAUAUCCACAGGAUGAAACAAGAACGAGCAGGGACAGAAGAUGAAAUUUCUCCUGAAACUAUAAAAAUUAUUAUUGAGGAAAAUAAGAAGGUUUUGGAAAAAAAUAGACAAUUGCAGGAACAGUUACUUAUUGCUGAAAAGAAUUUAGCUAAUUUGGAUAGGAAACUGGAGAUAGAAAAUAAUAAAAAUAAUGUUACUAACAUACUUAAUCAAAAGAUGGAAGAAGAAGAUAAAUUAAAGGCACUAUACAACUUGGAAGUUAAAUUAAAGAAAGAACGGGAUCAUUUAGUUAACCCAUUUACUUUAAAUAAAACAAUACCUAAUGAGAAUCUUGAAGAAAUUACCAAACUUGAAAAAGAUGUUGAUAAACACAUGGAAAUGAGGUCAAAAGUGUAUGAAGAAGAGAGGAGACGACGAUUGCAACAAGUGCGUCAGGCACCUAAACCAGACCUUAUAAGUUCUAAUAAAAUGAUUGAUAGUAAUAAAAUAACUUUCACAAAAUCUAAACCCCUUAUUGAUAGAAGUACCAAACCCUUAACUUGGUGGAAAGGCACUCAAAAUUUAAUUCCUGAAGGAUCUCCGGAAAAGCCAUAUGGUUUAGUGGGGUUGAAGAACAUUCGAAAUACAUGUUAUAUGAGUACAGCUAUUCAAUGUUUGAGGCACCUUGAUGUAAUAAUAAAGUAUAUAUUGGAGGGUCUUUUUAAAGAAGAUUUACAUGAUAAUCCCGUUAUUAUGCCCCAGUUUGCCACUUUAGUCUUGGAAAUGUGGUAUAAAACAGGGGUUUGUAUGGAGCCUUAUGAAUUUUAUAAUACAUUUAAGAAACAUGCUCCCAUAUAUGGCCAAGGAAGGCAUGAAGACAUUUCUGAAUUUAUUUUACUUCUUAUUAAUUAUUUGCAUGAAGAUAUUUCAUUUGAGCUGAAUAUGAAAGAUUACAAUACUUCUAUAAAGAGGGCUUGGUAUGAAAGCCAAGGAGGCACUUCUUCUUACAUUAUUGAAGCUUUUUAUCAUGAAAUGCAAGUUAAUCAACCAUGCCAAAAUUGUGGAGAUGUUGGAUAUAAAUAUGAGGUUGAUAAUGUAUUCUACUUAGAAGUUCCUUCAAGGGAGUUUACCAUAGAAGAACAACUGAAGCAACAGCUAGCUCCCCAGUUUGUUGAUGGAUAUGUUUGUAAGAAAUGCCAAAGUCCCAAAGUAAAAGUAGUAAAAAGUAUUUGUCACAAUCCAGCUGUGGCCAUUUUUGUAUUAAAAAGGUGGUUUGGAAAUGGAGACAACACUAGUGUUAAUCAUGCUCGAUGUAACAUCACAGUGGAUAAUUUAGUUGUUGGAAAAGCAAGAUAUAAUUUGACUGCAAUUGCUUUACAUACGGGAUCUGUAAAUAGCGGACACUAUACAGCUGUUUGUCAGAAUCCAGUUAAUAAGAGGUAAUUUUAGCAGAAGAUAAUGAAAUAAUUUUAAAAUUAAUCU